GCUGGCUCUAGCCGGCAUUCUGCACACGCCAAAGGUACACUGGCAUGGGCAAUUUGCCCACAUAGGUGUUGUCAACGCGAAUAUCGGAUCGAUGCGCGGUGAAGCCUAUCUCAUGGAGGACUGUGGGGAUACGAUCGACGGGUUCGUCGCUAAUAUUAAGGUGCACUCUGCCGAUGAGUGGCGCUUGGUCAGCAUCGCUGCUGGAUAUCUCCACACCCUAUUUGCUGCAUCGGCUGGCGAGCCCUCAACGAUCCACCGCGACAUCUCAUCAGGCAACUUGUUGGUACGCAACGGGAAGCGGUGUGCUGAUGAUGAGCCAUUUGUUAUUGACUGGGAGCUUGCGCUCAUUCUAUGCGAUGGCCGCCGUGUAAAUGAUGUUGGCGUAGUUGCGAUCACUGGGACGAGGGUUUACAUGGGAUGGCGCGUUCUCAGUGGCACGGAAUGGAGGUCGCUGGUCGAUGAUAUUGAGUCUAUGUUUCUCACACUCUUCCGCGCGAUCUACAAGGUAUUCCCUAACACCAGCAGGAGCAAAUUGGAAAUGGAUACCAUCUGGGGUAACAGCGUUGAUGACAAAGAGCUGCUGCACAAACGCGAGGACUGGCUCCAAACCAAGAAGAGUUGCAUGGCAUAUAUCUCUGAGAGGUGUCACACAAGUUGGCACAAAUUGCUUGGGCUUGUUAUGUUGAAUGUGUGGGGAUUUUAAAAGUUAUAUUUAAUACUGAAGAAAAGAGAGAAAAAGGAAUAGACAAGUUGCGCAGGGGAGUUUUCAAUACGGCCAUCUGUGCAACUUAUCAGAGGCUAGAUUCUACCUCCAUAUUGUAGGCUGUAGCGGGGGUCUCGUUGGCGCCUGGCUUGCUGUCACCUGAUUCGGCUGACAUGUCGACGUCAGGGACAGCUGCAGUG